CGUUCAGUUGUAGGAACUCACAACACGGCAUUGUGGGUUCCUGUAUUUCUGGUGGAUCAUUUAAUGAACAGUGAACUUUUACAGAAGACAUUCCUCCCGGAAUAAAGGAGCAGACUCUCCAGGGCGUUAGUGCAGAUUCGUGGUGUUUGUGUGAACAGUGGAGUUAUAGUGAGGAGUCAUGAUCAGGAGAUGAUGGAGUUUGUGAUUGUCGGAUUUUCUCUGCUUGCUCUGUGCCAGGCUGCAGCUCUGCCCAACUUCGUGCUGCUGUUUACGGAUGAUUUGGGUUAUGGAGAUCUGGGUUUCUCGGGUCAUCCCUCAUCACUCACACCGAACCUGGACUGGCUAGCGGCUCACGGGCUCCGGUUCACCGACUUCUACUCCACCAGCCCCGUGUGCAGCCCGUCCAGAGCAUCUUUGUUGACGGGCCGUUAUCAGACACGCUCUGGCAUCUACCCUGGUGUGCUGUACCCGGGCUCAAUAGGUGGGCUUCCUCUCAACGAGACUACCAUCGCAGAAGUACUGAAACCACUAGGCUAUGCCACAGCCAUGAUGGGGAAAUGGCACCUGGGCUACGGGGCUAAUGGUACUUACCUGCCUACACGACAAGGCUUUGACCAUUAUCUUGGCAUCCCAUACUCUCAUGACAUGGGUCCUUGUCAGAAUCUGACCUGCUUCCCUCCUGAUGUGAAGUGCUUUGGCAUCUGUGAUGUCGGUACAGUAACCGUGCCUCUGAUGAAGGAGGAAACCAUCACGCAGCAGCCUGUAGAUUUUAUUGAUCUGGAAGAUGCCUAUAGUCAUUUUGCCACAGAGUUCAUCCGCAACGCAACUCAGAAACAUCAACCUUUCUUCCUCUAUUAUCCCUCUCAUCACACUCACUACCCACAGUAUGCAGGGUGGAAAUCUGUGGGCCGGUCACUCAGGGGGCCAUUUGGAGACGCACUACUGGAGUUUGACUCUACUGUAGGAAACAUCCUGAAAACUCUGAAGGAAACAGGAGUCCUUGAUAACACACUUGUCUUCUUUACAUCUGACAAUGGGCCAGAGCUUAUGCGAAUGUCUCGUGGAGGAAAUGCAGGGAUGUUGAAGUGCGGUAAAGGCACUACGUAUGAAGGAGGAAUGAGAGAGCCUGCUAUUGCAUACUGGUCUGGAGUCAUUAAACCAGGUGUCACUCAUAGUCUCUCCAGUACUCUAGACAUCCUGCCUACCUUUGCCAGAUUGGCUGGAGCUCCAUUACCCAAGGUUCAGCUGGAUGGUGUGGACAUGGUUGAUAUAUUGUUCAAUCAUGGAACAGGUCAAAGGAAGGUCAUGUUUUACUACCCAGUUGACCCCAGUGAGAAGUAUGGUGUGUUUGCAGUGAGAAUGGGAAAAUAUAAAGCUCAUUAUUAUACCAGAGGAUCAGCACAUAGUGGCACAACUCCAGAUAAGGAUUGUCGGAUAACAACCCCCCUGACGUAUCACGACCCUCCUCUGCUAUUUGACCUGGAGUCUGACCCAUCUGAAAACUACAGCUUAAAUGUGAAGGCUCACCCCGAGCUGGUCAGCGUGCUGCAGAAUAUCAAGGACCUCAAGGACGGGUUUGAAGCCUCGAUGCAGUUUGGAGAAAGUGAGAUUGGAAAAGGAACUGAUCCUAAACUGGCACCAUGCUGUAACCCAGAGUGCUCUCCCAAACCACAAUGCUGCCGGUGUGGGACUACUCUCUGACCAGUUCAUUGCUAAAUAUUACAGCUUUAUUUCUUUAAAAGGGAAGACCAGAGAUGAUAUAAUGUAUUAAAAUCAGAAAUCAGAAAAAGUUUUAUUGCCAGGUACAGCAAAGGGUCAGCAAAGAACACUUUACAGUACUAGGAGUUUGUCUUGGUGUCAGGUGCAAACAUAUACACAGGUAUGAAAUGUCAGUACAAAUGUACACAAUUUUAGAAAAGAGCUAGAAUAAGUUAAAUAAAUACUGUAUAAAGUGACUUGCAUGAGAAUUAGUGCAAUGUAAAAAGUGAAUGUCCAAACAUAUAUACAGAUGUGAGGUAUGUACACAAUCUUGGAUGAGAUAAGUAUUGUGUACAAAAGUGUGAGUUUGAAUGAACAGUAGUGCAAUUUAGAAUGUGGAAGUGAGUGUCCGGGUUGGGGGGGGGUCAUCUUGGGGUAAAUGAGGCAGUGUUCAACAGGCUGACUGCAGUGGGGAAGAAACUGUUCUUGUGGCGUGAGGACUGGAGCCUCUUGCCAGAGGGGAGGGACUGAAAAAGUUCGUUUCCGGGAUGAGAGGGGUCGGCUGCGAUCUUGGCUGCACGUCUCCGGGACCUGGAGAGGUACAGCUCCUGAAGAGAUGGGAGACUACAGGCAAUCACCUUCUCAGCAGAAUGGAUGACAUGCUGAAGUUUGGCCUUGUCCCUGGCUGUAGCUGCAGCAAACCAGACAGUGAUGGAGGAUGUGAGGAUAGAUUCGAUGAUGGCAGUGUAGAAGUUCACCAGCAUCUUCUCAGGGAGGAGAAACUUCUUCAGCUGCCGCAGGAAAUACAUCCUCUGCUGAGCCUUCUUGGUGAGGGAGCUGAUAUUCUGCUCCCACUUGAGCUCCUGGUUGAUGGUGGUGCCCAGGAAGCGGAAGGACUUGACAGAUGUCACCGGAGAGUCAUAAAGGAUGACAGAGGGGAGGGGGGCUGGGUCCUUCCUAAAAUCCACUAUCAUCUCCACUGUCUUGAGAGAGUUGAGCCCCAGGUUGUUCAUGCUGCACCAUGAUACCAGAUGAUCCAUCUCACUCCUGUAGGCAGACUCAUCCCCAUCAGAGAUGAGGCCGAUGAGGGUGGUGUCGUCAGCAAACUUCAGGAGUUUCACAGACUGGUGACCAGAUGUGCAGCCAUAAGUAUACAUGGAGAAUCGCAGGGGAGAAAGGACAUAGCCUUGGGGGGAUCCAGUGCUGAUGUUCCAGCAGUCAGAGACAUGCUUACCCAGCCUCACAAACUGCCGUCUCUCUGAUCCAACUGCACAUGGAGUCAGACACAUUCAGCUGGGAGAGCUUGUCUCUAAGUAGAGCUGGGACAAUCGUAUUAAACGCAGAGCUGAAGUCCACAAACAGUAUCCUGGCAUAGGAUCCUGGAGAGUCUAGGUGUUGGAGGAUGAAGUGGAGGGCCAUGUUCACAGCAUCGUCUACAGAUCUGUUGGCUCUGUAGGCAAACUGUAGUGGAUCCAGGAGAGGGUCUGUAAUGUCCUUGAGGUAGGACAAUACAAGGCUCUCAGAAGACUUCAUGACCACAGAAGUCAUGCCACUCAAAAAUCUGCAGUAUUUAAUCAGCAGAGAGAAUGAAUACCUGUGUUAAAUGUGUUUUAUAAUAAACAUCUCUUUGUUUUUACAUUUAUUAUCUAA